AUGUCUCAAGAAGAAACGGUUGUGUUGCACUGGUUGAACCAGUCAAGAGCUCAACGGAUAGUUUGGCUAUUUGAGGAGUUGGGGCUCAAAUACGAGAUUGUGUACUAUGAAAGAGACAAGAACAGCAAAGCACCGCACGCGUUGAGUGAGGUUCACCCAUUGGGCAAGUCGCCCGUGGUGGAAAUCAGAAGCGCUUCUGGAGACGUGAUCAAGUUGGCCGAGUCUGGCUGGAUCAUUCAGUAUUUUCUCCGCAAGUAUGACCAAACUGACAAUUUAAAGGGCUCCUCGAUAGAUGCACAGAACGAAGUUAGCUAUUUUCUCCACUACACUGAGGGCACGUUGCAGUCGAUUCUUGAUGGAUUGUUCACCAAUCAUGCUGCGAAAACCAAGGCUGGCUACGCAGCGCGAAUGUACAUGGCUCCCUGCGUCAAGUGGAUUGCUCAAAACUACUACAAGCCAAAGCUUUUGAAGAAUUUGAAUUUUUUAAAUGGCACCAUCACCAAACAAUAUGAAAAGUAUAGCAAAUACAUUGCGGGGAACCUGUUAUCGGCGGCUGAUAUAAUUCUCUCGUUCCCACUCGAAAUUGUGUUUACACGGUGUGACCCAAUGAUAAACAAGUCGUUGAAAACUGAGUACCCGGAUCUUUAUCUAUACCACCAGAACAUAAGGCAGGAGCAUGGCUGGAAGCAAGCAGCGAAGAAGGUCCGCGGGUUUGAGGAUAUAAUCUUUGGGGAAGAAAUUGUAUGA